UUUUUUUUUGUUUUGUUUUUUUGGUUGAGGAUUUCUGUCAGGUCAGGUUGAAGUGGUGCUUGAAACAACGUUUCCAAUUGAUGUUGAAUGGCCGUUGAAACGGCGACCUGAGGUUCUGUCCGUGCCCCCAUCUGACGCUGAAAAGAUAUGCAACUCCGAAGUUGCUGCAUUCACAGUUUUCUUCGUCCAGAACAGGCCGUGUUUGAUCGUCUGAAGAAUCAUUGACAGUUGCCAAAAGUACCGACAACCGACGGACUGGGUGAUGCCGGCAUUGUGAUGCUCGGUGGGGUGUGGGCAGCGAUUAAGAUAUCCGUACCUGAAAAGACUGGGGUCACCCUAUUCGAGAAAGUUGUCUCUCGGUAUUGACUCCGUGGUUGAGGUGACAAUUGUGUCUGUAUCUGAGUCUGUAGCACGGUGUUGUUGACGGCCGUCGGGAUGUUUUUAGCAGAAGGCCAGAGUGCAGGCCUCCUUCUUCUUCAAAAAAAAAAAAUGAAAAUCAAAAAGAAAUGGAGGAAUGAAUGCAGAGUCUUGUCUAAUUAGCUUCAACAGGCCCGAGAUUUCUGGUUCCUUUUGGUCUGGGGAUGUUUGAAGCCAUUGGCAGGCUGUUGGCGAAUCACAAGCUCCCAACAUCCCGGCCCCCGGUCAUUACCUUUCCAGGACCCCUGCGCACUGUGACGGGACGCAGCGGCCACCCACUUCCUCCAGCGCAUCAACCCCUUUUGCGAGAGACCAGUCCCAGCGCCCGCGCCGAGCCCAGAGCAGCGCAGCACCAGACGACGGGAAAUCUCCCAACCCAAAGCCACCCUGCCUGCCUGUUUGUCGCACCCUAAUUUUUUUUUUGAUUUCUCUUCACGACGACCGCGACACCUCGUCACUAUCGACAACUUCACAUCCUUCUUCAUCGACAUUUCGUACCUUUCGAACACUCUUUUUUCCCCCGCCGUAUUUCUACGCGAUCCAGCGUUACCAGAUCCUUUUACCUUACCUUUACUACCCAACUCCCUUCCUUCACACCUGCCGACACGCGACUCGCUCAUAUCAAACAAGCUUCGCUGUCUGCCCGACUUCGUGCCUUCCCCUCAUUACCAACCUACCGAAUAACCACCUGCUUCAUCCACUGUGGUGCCUCUAAACAAUGGCUUCAAACGGUAUUCCCAACAGUCCCCCUCCCCCCGUCAGGGCCUCGCCAGUGGUGCCCACUGGCAAGCCCUCGACACCCGGAUCUCAAGACUCGAGAGAAGGUCCCUCUGACUCCUUCGCCGCAGCUCCUUCAGCUUUGAGUGACGACCGUAACAUUGUCCGCCGCAAGUUGACGGGCUAUGUCGGUUUCGCCAACCUCCCUAACCAAUGGCACCGCAAGAGUGUUCGCAAGGGCUUCAACUUCAACGUUAUGGUUGUCGGUGAAUCCGGCCUCGGAAAGUCUACUCUCGUCAACACUCUUUUCAACACGUCGUUGUACCCACCCAAGGAGCGCAAGGGACCCAGCCUCGAAAUUGUUCCCAAGACCGUCAGUAUUCAAUCUAUCAGCGCAGAUAUUGAGGAGGCGGGUGUUCGUCUCAGGCUUACGGUCGUCGACACGCCUGGCUUCGGUGACUUUGUCAACAACGAUGAGUCCUGGAGGCCGAUUGUCGACAACAUCGAGCAGCGCUUCGACGCCUACCUCGAUGCUGAGAACAAGGUCAACCGCAUGAACAUUGUUGACAACCGCAUCCACGCCUGCGUCUUCUUCAUCCAGCCCACUGGCCACUCCCUCAAGCCCUUGGAUAUCGAGGUCAUGAAGCGUCUCCACACCAAGGUCAACCUGAUCCCAGUCAUUGCCAAGUCCGACACCCUCACCGAUGAGGAGGUUGUUGCCUUCAAGGCCAGAAUUCUUGCCGACAUCAAGUACCACAAGGUCCAGAUCUUCGAGGGGCCCAGGUAUGAGCUUGAUGACGAGGAAACGAUUGCCGAGAACAACGAGAUCAUGUCCAAGGUUCCCUUUGCCGUUGUCGGUGCCAACACCGAGGUGACCAACGCCGACGGGCGCAAGGUCCGUGGCCGUGCCUACCCCUGGGGUGUUAUCGAGGUGGACAACGAGGAGCACUGCGACUUCGUCAAGCUCCGCCAGAUGCUCAUCCGCACCCACAUGGAGGAGCUCAAGGAGAACACCAACAACACGCUCUACGAGAACUACCGAACAGACAAGCUUAUCGCUAUGGGCGUGUCGCAAGAUCCCAGUGUCUUCAAGGAGGUCAACCCCGCCGUCAAGCAGGAGGAGGAGCGCGCGCUCCAUGAGCAGAAGCUCGCCAAGAUGGAAGCCGAGAUGAAGAUGGUCUUCCAACAGAAGGUCGCUGAGAAGGAAUCCAAGCUGAAGCAGAGCGAAGAGGAGCUCUACGCUCGCCACCGCGAGAUGAAGGAGCAGCUCGAACGGCAACGACUGGAGCUCGAGGAGAAGAAGUCGAGAGUGGAGAGCGGGCGGCCACUGGAGAAGGAACCGAAGAGGAAGGGCUUUUCGCUCCGGUAAUCUGGCAGCCUUACCGCUUCUUUCCCUACUCCCACGACACGUCUCACACUCUCAUGAUAUCCAAACAACAACCAGCUUGCCGGCUCUCUCUCUCUCUCUCUCUCUCUCUCUCUCUUUCACUUCUUCAUUUUCAUUUGUCACGCCUUUUAAUCGAACACUCCCUAAUACUUGGCGAACGAUGGCUUGGGGGGACGGCCGCGAAAAGUCUUGCAGGGGCGUCUGUCACUGGGCGGGUCUAGGUCACGGCGGAUGAGAGUCCGGGUGGCCGUUGUUGUACUAUGCAGAUAUAAUUGGCUGAAGGGGAAUGCUGAGCAUUUGUACAACGCCGGGGCAUGAUCUGAACAGAGAUACCAUGCUGUUGGAGAUGCAAUGAGGUUUUGGGCGCAGGGGACUCGGGCUGAAGGCUUAUGGUGCGUCUCACGAGGUCACGUCACAAGUUGGAUGUCUGUUCUACGAUAUCUCAGAGCCAAUCACGCUCCUUGAACGGGUUUGUCUCGCAUACGAUGGCCCGUCCUUACCUCCUCGGCCCACCUGUGCAGAGCUAGCUAACCAACGACACCACCUCCUUCCCGGACCUCGCAGCUGUUGACGAGGCUGGCUGGAGAGAAGGGCAGAGAGGGGAUGGCGGAUGGCGGCUGUUUGGGGAUCAUGGGAUGCGAGGUAUGGAUGAAGAUAUACGACCAAAUACCCAGCUGUUGCAUUUUACGGCCGGCUUGGACGGGGGGAAAUGGGACACGGAGAUGAGUUGGGGGGAGGCUGCUUUUAUUUUCAUUUGGGAGGUUUUGCUUUCUUACUUUCGUUUGAUCCAACUAUUUGUCUUUGGCGCGGGAAACAGGAAACGAACCACUGGUCCUCUCUAUCAUACCCCCGACCUCCCUCACGGAAGAAGAGCCUCUUUUCUCUCUCAUCUCUCAGCUCGGUUUCCUUGUCUCGGCUGGGGGCCUCGAUUUCUCUCUUACAACACAACAAAACCAACGACUCGGCUCUCGACGGCAAGAGAAACACACGCAACACCCAUCACCACAAUCACGACGUUUCUCAGUUUAGUUUCCUAGCUUUUUCCAAUUUCGCUUGCCCCCAAAACAUUGCACACCUACAAUAGCCUAACUCUUUUUUAACAAGUUUUUUCUUCGCACUCUUUUUACUGUCUGUGGUUUAGCUUAGUGUCUGUGUCUGAAAUACAAAAGGAUCUCUUUUUUUUUGCAAUGUGUGUGCUGUUAGUGAGUUCUGUGACAUUGACAUGUGAGGAUCAUGAGAACGGUAUAGCUAGGCCCAGUCCAAACUCACAGAAGCAGACCAUAUCUUCC